AUGUCCGGGGCCGCGACUCAGUCACCUUCCUCUGGGGAGGCCGCUAUGUCUCAUGUUGAUGUCAACUAUUUCAAUCCCGACGGUGAUGAAGGACUGCGUAGAACCAUUAGUCGCAUGUCGGCGGCAACGCAGGAUAUCGAACAAACGGGAUCUUCGGAAACGCUUAACGCCUUUGAUCUACGAAAAGUACUGGAACAAGUAGCUGAACAGCGUGAAAAAGCGAACCUCAAGUCACGAGAAUUGGGGGUCAUGUUCGAAAACUUGCGAGUCAUCGGUCUCGGUGCCACCGCCUCAUAUCAGCCAACUUUGGGUUCGACUUUAAAUCCUUUGGGAAUAGUGGAAGGAAUCCAGGCCGCGCGACAUCCUCACACGCGCGACAUUCUAUCGGGUUUCGAAGGAGUUGUGAAUCCGGGUGAAAUGCUGUUGGUUUUGGGGCGCCCCGGAUCAGGUUGCACGACCCUGCUCAAGACACUGGCCAAUCAACGGGGUGAAUAUCACGCUUUCGAGGGCGACGUCCACUUCGACUCUCUUAGUCAUCGUGACAUUUUCAAGAAUUAUCGCGGCGACGUCAUCUACUGUCCCGAAGAUGACGUGCAUUUCCCUACCCUCACUGUCGAACAGACAAUCAAAUUUGCCGCUAAAUUGCGCGCGCCUCACCUUCGCCUGGGAUAUUCUCGAGAGGAUUACGCCGAACACAUUACUGAACUAUUGACCACCGUGUUUGGUCUAAAACACGCGAGAAAAACUCUUGUCGGCGACGCUGCCAUUCGUGGUGUGUCUGGCGGGGAGAAAAAACGCGUAUCAAUUGCAGAGGUCCUUGCAACUCGGGCAUGUGUGGCUUCUUGGGAUAACUCUACCCGCGGUCUUGAUGCGUCCACUGCCCUGGAAUUUGUCCGUGCGCUCCGUAUUGCCACCGAUAUUGCAAAAAUGACUACCGUCGUUUCCCUGUAUCAGGCCGGAGAGUCCCUGUACAAACUAUUCGACAAGGUCUGUGUAGUCUACGACGGCAAGAUGGCAUACUAUGGCCCCACUAAUGAAGCGCGUUCCUAUUUCAUCGAUAUGGGUUAUGAACCUGCCAAUCGUCAAACUACUGCAGAUUUUCUUGUUGCCGUCACCGAUCCUAAUGGUCGGAUACCACGCUCCGAUGCUUUACACCUCCCCCGGACUGCGGCGGAAUUUACGACGCACUUCCAAGCUUCGGGAAUUUCCAAGAUGAACAAGGCUGAGAUCCAGCGUUUCAAGGCGGAACGUGUAGGCAAAGCCGAUAUGGUUCAGUCCUACAAGGAGAGCGCACGGGAGGACCAUUCGAAGCAUACGCGAUUGGGCUCUGCUCACUUGACCUCACUUCCGAUGCAGGCCAGAGCGGUCAUGGUACGGCGAAUACAGAUCCUAAGAGGGAAUAUGCUGGCUACGAUUUUGAAUCUCUUUUCAUUCCUAUUUCAAGGUAUCAUUAUUGGUUCCGUGUAUUUGAAAAUGUCUACCUCCACGAACGCGUACUUUUCUCGCGGGGGUGUUUUGUUCUUUGCGCUGUUCUUCUCUGCUCUAAUCUCGAUGGCGGAAAUUCCCGCACUCUAUGCUCAACGGCCCAUCAUACUGCGACAACACUCGUGGGCUCUAUACCAUCCCUUUAUCGAUCAAGUAGCUCUGGUUUUAGUCGAUAUCCCCAUGGCCUUUGCAUCGUCCGUGAUCUUUUCGGUCUUAAUCUAUGAGAUGGCACAAUUACAGCAGUCAGCGGGACAGUUCUUCAUAUUCUUUUUGUUCAUGUUCGUUGUCUCGAUUACGAUGAAGAGUUGGUUCCGUGCCGUAGCGUCCGCUUUUGCGGCAGAAGCGCUUGCCCAAACGUUUGCUGGUAUUUCCGUAUUGGCCUAUGCUGUCUAUACUGGAUAUUCAUUGCCUUUACCGUCGAUGAUCGGUGCUCUUAAAUGGAUCUCGUAUCUCAAUCCUUUGAGAUGGGGUUUCGAGUCAGUCAUGACUAACGAAUUCCGCUCUAUUAAUGGCAGUUGCGGUUCCUUGGUUCCCCGCGGCGCUGGGUACGAGAACAUUACCCUGGACAAUCAAGUGUGUCCCGUCGUCGGAGCACAAUCCGGCCAGCCUUUCGUUGAUGGAAACGCUUUCGCGUACCUUUCAUUUGAUUACCGCUUCAGUCACACUUGGCGGAAUUUCGGCAUCAUCAUCGCAUUCCUAGUUGCGUAUACCACAGCACUGCUCGUUUUCACUGAAGUCAAUACAAAGCUGACUUCGGCCAACUCCGUCGUUCUGUUCAAGCGUGGGGCAAAAACUGAUGCAGUUCCGAAGAAAAGCUCCGACAGUGAUGAUGCUGAGAAGGCUUCUCAAACUACAACACGAGGUGGUGGUCUGAGUGACGAGGAAAAGACUGGAGACUACGACAAGGCGCUUAAGGCAACGCCUUCUGUGACAGAUGUAUUUUCCUGGCAGCACUUGACUUACACCGUUCCAGUCGCGGACGGGAAACGUAGACUUUUGAACGGUGUUUCUGGUUUUGUGGCCCCGGGCAAGCUCACUGCACUGAUGGGGGAGUCUGGUGCUGGUAAAACGACUCUUCUUAAUGUCUUGGCAGAGCGUGCCAAUGUUGGUAUUAUUACUGGCGAUCGAUUCGUCAAUGGACAUGCCCUCCCGAAGGAUUUCCAAUCUCAAACUGGAUACUGCCAACAGCAAGACACCCAUGUUGGGUCAGCAACGGUUCGCGAGGCACUUUUAUUCUCCGCACAAUUGCGUCAACCCUCAUCCGUACCUCUGAGUGAAAAAGUGGAGUAUGUGGAGAAGUGCAUCCAGCUUUGCGGUUUGGAGCCAUUCAGAGAUGCGACUCUGGCCGCGAAGCCCAAACUACUACUGUUUCUUGAUGAACCGACCUCCGGUUUGGAUUCCCAAAGUGCUUGGGCCGUCAUGCUUUUCCUCCGUGAUCUUGCAGACAAUGGACAGGCCAUUCUGUGCACCAUUCAUCAACCGUCCGCAGAACUCUUCCAGAUGUUUGACCGUUUGUUGCUCCUCCGGAAAGGGGGUGAGACGGUGUACUUUGGCGAUUUAGGGCACAAUGCUACGACACUCAUCGACUACUUCCAGACUCAUGGAUCGCGUCGAUGUGAACCAGAAGAGAACCCUGCUGAGUUCAUGCUUGACGUCAUCGGCGCAGGUGCAUCUGCGACCACGAGGGAAGAUUGGCAUGAGAUCUGGUGUAACUCCGACGAAUUCACAAAGGUCCAGGGACAGAUCCAGGAAAUCCAUGCGAAAGGCCGUUCACAACCUGCAAUGGGAACUACAUUGCAUUCGGAAUAUGCUACAUCUUGGUUCCAUCAAGUAGUACAGCUUGUCAAACGUGACGCUGCUGACCAUUUCCGGGAUCCCAGCUACAUGAUGGCUAAGAUGGCGCUGAAUAUCGUCUCCGGACUUUUCCUCGGAUUUUCAUUCUUCAAGUCAAAGGAUACACAACAGGGCACCCAAAACAAACUAUUUUCUAUCUUUAUGUCCACUAUUAUCAGUGUUCCCCUGGCGAACCAGCUUCAGAUCCCGUUCCUCAAUAUGCGCUCCAUCUACGAGAUUCGUGAGCGUCCAAGCCGCAUGUACAAUUGGACCGCCCUUGUGACCUCCCAAAUCCUCGUCGAGAUACCCUGGAAUAUCAUCGGGUCUUCGUUGUAUUUCUUCUGCUGGUAUUGGACGUCUGGAUUUACCAGCGAUCGUGCGGGAUACAGUUAUCUUAUGAUUGGCGUGAUUUUCCCGUUGUACUACACCACGAUUGGGCAGAGCAUCGCUGCUAUGAGUCCUAACGCGGAGAUCGCUGCUAUUCUCUUCAGUUUCCUUUUCUCGUUCGUGCUUACUUUCAAUGGCGUAGUUCAGCCUUAUCGAGAGCUCGGAUGGUGGAAGUGGAUGUACCGUCUCUCCCCGUACACUUAUCUCAUCGAAGGUAUGCUCGGCCAAGCCGUCGGCCAUCGGGAGAUUACGUGCUCGUCAGUUGAAGUAGUCACUCUCAACCCCCCGGCCGGACAAACGUGCGGUCAGUACAUGCAAAACUACAUUUCGAGAUCAGGCGGAUACCUCACCAACCCCGACGCUUCUUCAUCCUGCGGCUUUUGCUCUACCCGCACCACUGAUGAAUUCUUGUCCAACAACUUCAACGUCUUCUACUCGCAUCACUGGCGGAAUGUUGGCCUAAUGGCCGCUUUCAUUAUCUUUAAUAUUGUAGCAAUUUUCGCAUUCACUUUCUGGUUCAGAAUCCGUACUCGGAGCGUACUGGAAAUGAUUCGUGGCCGUGGACGCUCUAAGACUCAUUAGAAGUAAUUUAGUUCCAAUUUAUGUAUCGUAACAUUCAGUCGACAUCUACAACUACAUACCUAGACAUUUUAAAUGAAUAAUUAUGAAGACCAUGAUAUUUUGGGCCGUGAGAUGUUGGGGCAGUCUGAGUAGGUUCGGGUAAUUGGGAUAAAUUUACGCCAAAAUUUUGA